AUGUUAACUUCAUUAUCACUCAUAGUCCUUGCAUUAACAAUAAUAUUUAAUACAACUCAUCCGUUAUCAGCUUCUGCAGGGUUCGCUAUUUUAGGUGGCGCCAUAACCUGGGAACUUGUAUCUGCUUUUAAAGAAUGCUUCGUCAAAGCAAAUUUGACUGGGCGGGACUUGGCUAAAGUCGAUAAACCAAAAAUACCCGAAAGUAUGGGAGUUAUAUGUGCAACAGUUUAUCUUAUAUGUCUAUUCUUAUUUAUACCGUUUCCGUUCAUGGAAUGGUUUACGGGUAAAGGUAUAAUUUCUCGAAGUGAAGAAUUUCACGUGCCAACUUUCCCGCAUCAUAAAUUGGGCGAAUUUUUGUCGGCAAUGUUGUCUCUUCAAUCAAUGACUUUUCUUGGAUUUGCCGAUGAUAUUUUUGAUAUAAGAUGGAGGUAUAAACUGUUGUUGCCAGCUAUCGCUUCUAUACCCAUAUUGAUGGUGUAUUACGUGAAUUUUGGUGUUACUCACAUAGUGGUACCGAUACCUCUACGCUUCGUUUUUGGAAAAAUUAUGGAUUUAGGAUUUUUGUAUUAUAUAUACAUGGGUAUGAUUGCAAUAUUUUGCACAAAUUCUAUUAAUAUUCUUGCUGGAAUAAAUGGAGUGGAAAUAGGUCAAUCCUUGAUAAUUGCGUGUUCAAUAGCCAUCAACGAUCUUCUCUUCUUGAAUGGUGCCGAUCCGGCUGUGGAAGCACAUUUGUUUUCUUUGUAUUUUAUAUUGCCGUUUAUUGGUGUUUCGUUUGGACUUCUGUUUCAUAAUUGGUACCCAUCACGCGUUUUUGUUGGUGACACGUACUGUUAUUUCGCUGGAAUGACUUUUGCUGUGGUUGGAAUACUUGCCCAUUUUAGCAAAACUAUGCUUCUUUUUUUUAUCCCGCAGGUAUUCAAUUUCAUAUAUUCUUGUCCGCAACUAUUUAGAUUAAUAGAUUGUCCGCGCCAUCGGUUACCUAGGUUUAAUCCAUCAACACUAAAAUUAGAAUAUAGUAGAGUUAAAAUACAAAAACCCUUAAAGCCAUUAACGCUUCUUGUGCUCAAAGUAUUUAUGUUAUUUGGUCUUGCUGAAAUAAAUGAAGUUGGAGAGAAUAACCUUGAAAUUAAUAAUUUUACAUUAUUGAACUUAUUGUUACUAAGAUUUGGUCCUUUACGUGAACAAACAUUAGCUAUCUUUGUCAUGAUUGUACAAAUUCUAGCAAGCUGUAUAGCAUUUACAAUAAGAUACCGUUUGACUAUUAAAACUGUCUUAUUAUGA